AUGAGCGCCUCUUCGAGACUGGUCCGCAGCGCGGCGCAAACCUCGUUCUUGAGCGGAGCUCGGAGUGUUCGCAUCGGUCCCUCGUCCGCCUACACAGCUUACCUGCGUCGCAAUGGCCGAAAAUUGCCGCCAAUGGUGCCAGCAUUGGCUAUCCUCGCCCCUCUCAGCUCUAGGUUAGUCUCGACCGACACCCACACGCCCGGGAACGCCUCCGGAGGCCCGCCGCCAGGAUUCAACGUCCAGCAGGCGACGAAGCCGCUCAAGGAAAAUGACACUCCGAGCAAAGCUACAGCGAAGGAGGCCGCGGAACAGGCAGUGAAGCACGAGAUCGAUCCGGUUCCGAACGACGUAGCAACUGCGGUUCCCAAGACCGGUGCUACCGAGGCCUUAACCCUGUCGGAGCUAGCGGGCGUGAAGGAUAAAUCGCUGGAGAAGAAGGACGCGAAGAAGGACGAGAAGAAGUUGACCCUGAUGCAGAAGAUCAAGAAGGAGGUACGACAUUACGCCGAUGGAACCAAGUUGCUGGCAACGGAGGUCAAGAUCAGUUUCCGUUUGGCGUUGAAGAUGGCGGCGGGAUACGAGCUCAGCCGAAGAGAGCACCGCCAACUGCAGAGGACGGUCCAGGAUAUUGGGCGUUUGGUUCCUUUCUCCGUCUUUGUGCUGGUGCCGUUCGCAGAACUCUUGCUUCCGGUUGCCCUCAAGCUGUUCCCCAACAUGCUGCCCAGCACAUACGAAGGCCAGUCUUCCAGAGACAAGAAAGCUACGACUCUGAGAACCACUCGGAAAGAAGUCAGCAGCUUCUUGAGGGAUACUCUGAAGGAGACCGGACUGCCUUUGAGCCCCGCGAACGCCCAGAGAGACGAGUUUACACAGUUCUUCCGCAAGGUCAGGGCGACGGGAGAGACCCCUUCACCUACCGAGGUGAUCAAUGUUUGCAAGAUCUUCAAGGAUGAUCUGACCCUGGACAACUUGUCGAGACCACAACUUGUGGGCAUGUGCAGAUACAUGAACCUCAACACAUUCGGAACCGAUAUGAUGCUCCGAUAUCAGAUUCGUCAUCGUAUGAGACAGAUUAAGAGAGACGACAGAGCGAUCAGCUACGAAGGUGUUGAGAGCUUGUCUGUUCCGGAGUUGCAAAUUGCCUGCCUGAGCCGUGGUCUCCGAACUCACGGUGUCUCUCCAGGCCGUCUACGGGAUGACUUGCAAGCUUGGUUGGAUCUCAGACUCAAGCACGGAGUUCCUUCCACGCUUCUGGUCUUGAGCAAUGCAUUCAUGUACGCCCAAGGCAAGAGUGACUCGGAGUUCAAUACCCAAAUCGAUGCCCUGACUGGUGUCUUGUCAUCCAUCCCGGAGGAGCUGUUCCACGAGAUUGAGCUCGAGGUUCACAAUGCCGAGGGAGCAGCAACCAAUAAGCAACGUCUGGAGGUCCUCAAGGAGCAACAAGACCUCAUUGAGGAGGAGAACGAGCAAGACAACGAGAACAAGUCUUCUGGCCGAGCGACUCCUCGCGACGACGAAGAUAUCGAUGAGAAAGAGGAGCGACGACUGCAAGCUGCGUCUACCGAUGCCGAAAAGAGCGCAGUCAGCGAGGCCAUCGAGGCGGAGAAGGAGGCUGCGGAGGGACAGAAGAUUGAGGCGGCUGCUGGAAAGAAGUCUAGUUAG